UGCUGAGCCAUAGAUUCUAGAGAAAGAGGAAAAAGAACGAGACGAGGACUCUAGGGAGGAGAAAGCUGGCCACUUUCGCCCCUCAAUCGAUCGUCAUCUAUAUCCCAGGAUAGGUAGCGUAAAAUUGCCCUCUAGAUCUUUACAUACGAUAGAGAGAGCCCCUUAGAAGACCGGGCCUUUCGCAAUGCGGCAAGUGCCCGCAGGGGGCGCAAGGGCAACAGAACAAAAUUCCACGUUCCACAGGGACUAAUCAGAUGUCACUGAGUUUGAAGCCGGACUUUCGCAAGCUGGGUGCCAAUGAGACACGAACAAUGUAGUCCGCUGGUUGGUACUCAAAGUAUCAGGAUCGGUGGCUAUGGUUGGGGCUAAAGGCGCACAAUUUGCAACUGGAGCACCUUUGCGCAGCCGUAGAGGUGGUGGUGGUUUUGCAGCAGAAUGGGAUAGGGAAGUGGUGGCUAAGGUCAUGCCCGCUUGAAACAGGCAGUCUCAAUGGCAAGAAGAAUCUGGUGCGGUCUGGCGCUAGUUGCCUUGCUGUGCAUUGCGCUUCUGGCCGUCAAGCUGGGGAACGAGAAGGAUCCUGGGAUGCUGCUGGGCUUCCAAUGCUCGGGCGUUCCGGUGUCUGCAACACAGUCAGCCAAGAGUGUGGCGCCCCCUGCUGUCCUGGUGUCGUACUCUUACUUUGAGAAAGAUGCGAUUCAAAAGGAGAACCUGGACUUCUUUCUUGCGGUUGGUAUGGGGCUGGGGGAAGCCGCACGCCGCCUUGACAACACCGACUUCUCAAUCGUAGUCAGUGGAGACCUAUGCACUCCGUGCAAGCGCUUAUACCCCCAUGCUCCGCAGAAAGAAAACGUGGCCGAAUCUGAGGUCCUCCGGGAGGCUUUCACUGGCGCGGGGGUGACACUCCUCUUCCGGAAAGAGAAUGUCGGAAUGGACUUUGCGGCGCACAACGUCAGCAUCGAGUGGGCGCGCCAGCAGAAAACAGCCGGCAAGUAUAAGUAUUUCAUCUUUCUGAACAGCUCUGUACGGGGCCCGUUCUUUCCGUCGUACAUGCCCCAUGGUUGGCGGUGGAUGCAAGCCUAUACGGACCGCUUCCAAGGGGACAUUGCCGCCGUCAGUUCUUCGAUCGUGUGCCUGCCGCACGAGGACCGCUACGGGCCCCAUCUCGAGUCCUGGGCCUUUGCGCUAAUACCUGAGUCCCUUGAGCUGUUGAUUCAAGCUGGGGUUUUCAACAUUCGGGAGUGCAAGUUUUGCGCGGACGGGGUGAUUGCUGGGGGGGAGUAUGCAAUUACGGAGGUGCUGAUGACGCAGCACGGCCGGAAUGUGGCAUCGCUUAUGUCAAUGUACCCGCUAGACACUGACUGGCGGGACUCCAAGCACUGGGGGUGUAACAACAACGUACAUCCGAGUCGGCAUGGCACUUACGAUGGGAUCACGAUGCACCCGUUUGAGGUGGUGUUUGUGAAAGCGAGUUGGCACGUGGGUGAACCGUUUGUUGAGCGUUACUCAGAGUGGUCCAGAAAGCAAGCAGAGGGAGAGGACACGACGAGCGGCUCGUUCGAUAAUGCAAUGUUCAGUGCACAAAGCUGCUGGCUGGUCUCAUCAUGA